UUAGCUCAAAAAUAGCUACUUGUAAGUUUUAUUAAUUGCUUAUUAAUACAGAAACUAUUUUUGAACUAUUUUAGAAAAAAUGUAAAAACUCAGGUUUUUAAAUUGUCUUUCGUUGCUAAGUAUUUCAGUUGUUGGGCAGUCGAUGACGUCACGCAAACAUGGCGGCACACUGUGGAGUUGUAGCACUCUACGUGGGGGAUAUUCGCUAAGAAGCCUCCGUUUGAAGCCACCAAUAUGCCUAAAUUUCUCACAUGACUUCAUAAAGAAAUCUGCUGUACCAGCAGGAACAAGGUACAGCCGGCCACAUGGACUAAUCACGGGACAUUAUGGUUUUUUGAGUUAGCAACAAAGCUGUCAACGUCGAGACGUGUUGCCUACUUCUGUGUUUUUUCCCUCUUCAGCUGAGGCAUUUAACUUUCAUUCCGAAUUACUGGGGCGUUUAUUAUUAUUAUAUAUAGCCUAAAGAAUGUUAUAUUGUUAUGUCCUUCAGUUGCUAAGUUUUCCCUUAAGUACUUUGUUUUGGCCAAGUUUUAUGCACUACGAGAAAAAGGCUGACUACUGAGGGGGCAGGACUCCAGCUGUCAAACAAACCCUGGUGCGCUUAAUUCCUGAUUUUCCCUUAUGUCCAGCAGCCACGAUGAAUACAGUUUAAACCAUUUAAACAUCCAUAUGGGCAGCAGGGAACAGAAAGUAAAUGAAGAUGGACAGCAGAGUCUCGCUGGACCUCCAUCUGGACACUCUGCCACACCUGCAAAUCUCCUGGACCAGGAUGCCUCCUCCACACCCAUCUUCGUCUACCUGUUGGCGUUUUUCUCUGCCCUUGGAGGAUUCCUCUUUGGGUAUGACACUGGUGUGGUCUCCGGGGCCAUGCUGCUCCUUAAGAAGGAGAUGAACUUGAACACCUUGUGGCAGGAGGUGCUGGUUUCCAGUACUGUUGGGGCUGCUGCUCUCUCUGCCCUCAGCGGGGGCUUCCUGAAUGGGUGGCUAGGGCGAAGGAUCUGCAUCCUUUUGGCCAGCUUCAUCUUCAGCGUCGGUGGCAUCAUCCUGGCUAUAGCCCCUGAUAAGGAGGUGCUUCUUGUGGGCAGAAUCAUCGUUGGUUUUGGCAUAGGCAUUGCAUCUAUGACAGUUCCUGUAUACAUCGCAGAAGUUUCCCCUCCUCAUCAGAGAGGCCAGCUUGUCACCAUUAACUCGCUCUUCAUCACUGGGGGCCAGUUUAUAGCCAGUGUCGUUGACGGGGCUUUCAGCUACAUGAGCCACGGUGGCUGGAGGUACAUGCUGGGUUUGUCUGUUGUCCCCGCUAUGCUGCAGUUUUUUGGCUUCUUCUUCUUGCCUGAAAGCCCCCGUUGGCUCCUCCAGAAGGGCCGGAGCCAAGAGGCCCGUCAGGUUCUCAUUCAGAUCCGAGGGGACGAAGGCGUUGAUGAGGAAUACAACCAUAUAAAAGCUAGCAUAGAGGAGGAGGAGAAUGAGGCUGGAGGAGGUCUUGUUAUUUUGAGGAUUCUCAACCAUGGUCCAACUCGAAGGGCUCUCAUCGUCGGCUGUGGCCUCCAGAUGUUCCAGCAGCUGUCUGGGAUAAACACAGUCAUGUACUACAGUGCAACCAUUCUGCAGAUGGGAGGGGUGCGGGAUGUUAAACAGGCAAUCUGGUUGGCUGCUGCAACAUCUGCCUCCAACUUCGUGUUCACCAUGCUCGGAGUCUGGCUUGUUGAGAGAGUGGGGCGCAGGAAGCUAACCCUGGGCAGCCUUUUUGGCACGGGUCUGAGUCUGACUUUGUUAGCUGUCGGGUUCUUGCUCUCAGCUCAAAAUUCUCCUGCUGUCACCCUCCACCCAGUCGGCCCUCAAAACUCAACCUGCAGCCUUUAUGGGUCCUGUGAGCACUGCAUGCUCGAUCCAGAUUGUGGAUUCUGUUUUCGAGAGAACAGCAUCACCGUGUUUGACUCCUCCUGCGUCCCUGUCAAUAAAACAUCUAAAGAGCACGCCGCCUGGGGAAGGUGUUCAAACCAGACAGAAGAGGCUGACAGUCCAAUCUGGGCCUACAACUACUGUCCAACAUCGUACUCCUGGAUCAUCCUCAUGGGUCUUAUCCUCUAUCUUGCAUUCUUUGCUCCAGGUAUGGGCCCCAUGCCCUGGACCGUUAACUCAGAGAUUUACCCAUUAUGGGCACGGAGCACUGGUAACGCCUGUUCAGCUGGGGUCAACUGGAUUUUUAAUGUCAUGGUGUCUCUGACAUUCCUUCACAUCGCUGAGUUUCUCACAUAUUACGGGGCCUUCUUCUUGUACACUGGCCUGGUGGUUUUGGCUCUCCUCUUCGUCUAUGGCUGCCUCCCAGAGACGAAGGGCCUGCAGCUGGAGGACAUCGAGAACCUGUUCAUGGGUCCGCUGUGCUCAUGUGGGACCUCCUCACCCCACGACAACCGCAACAUCCACUACAUCCGGGUAAAAGGAAACAACUACCUCCCCUCUGACAACGAGGCCUCUGAUGUAGAGUAGACUGGGACCUUUUCUCUUUCUCCUCUGUCCUUUUGGUUUGCUGAUGUGGGGAGGAGAAGGGAUGCUGCCCCCUGGUGGCUAGGAUUCGAACAUGGUCAAAGAAGAAGUUGAGAUUGAUGGUGACCGACUUUUACUGAAACUUUCCCCUCGAUCAGGCGGAUCUUUUAUCAUUUAUCUCAGUUUUUCUGUCAUAUCCGGGAGUGUGGUGUUUUCUCUUUGUUAUUUGGUGUAUUUCUCCUCUUUCCCAUCAUUCCCUCUAUCAUCACAAAAAAGGGAAAAUUGAAGCAAAACAUUCCAGGGUGGAAAAUUUGGGUGAGCAGGAUUUUUUUAAUAGUGUUGACUGAUUUAUUAAUGAUCAAAAAAUUGAUUAUUUCUAUUUUAAAGGGACAGUGCAGUAUUUUUGCAGGGGGUUAUAUGAGGUACUCAUCAAACGUGGGAGAGGUCGGUCAGCUCAGCUCUACUUUCCUUAGGGCUUUGUAAGACAACAAAGCAAACAUACUGUAGAUUUUACCCCAAAAUUACAUGUUGAAAUAUUUAGCCCAGCUUCCAUGCCUGGCAGUCCUUAUAAGCCAGUGUUCACAGCACUCACAGCCUCAGAUGUUGAAAAAAUGCUUCAGAAGUUUCAGUAGUGAUUACAUUUGAGCCAACAUUGUUCUGUGGCCCAUUUCUUACCCAAAACUCGCUAAAAACCAUGGAGAAACUGGACCCAUCUGUUAUGAUGUAUUGUCUAGCUUCCUGGUGGGUAAAACCAGCUAGAAUUAACUUAAAAAAUACUGGAAUAUCCCUUUAGAGUGACAACACUCGCUGAAAUUACUUGAGGCUAAUGCCACUACUAAUGACAAGUACCUUAUACGACCCAACUUUAAAAAAUAUCAAAAAUAUCUGUCUAAAACUAAUAAUUGCAAUAAAAAAAAGUGCUAACAGACAAAAAAGGGGCCCAACAACAGAAUAAGCAGAGGAAGUGAAGCACAGUUAAAACUGUAACAUUCAUGUAUGCAGAGGUUUUUAUCAUAUUUUAAAUUUACCCAUGGUAACCUGUUUUUUAAUGUUUGCUGUACCGUGGUCCAAGUGUGCGUCGCACAAAAUCCGAAGGAUGUUUUCCCAAUUUGAAUGUUUGCUAUUUGAAUUUCAAGCAUUACUAAGUUAUUUGAGCAAAUGUGAUAACGAGCACUAGACACGUUCAAUAUGGAGGUGAUGAAUGAUGUAUAUGUUCAGACUAAUAAGCGCUGCUAGCACUAAGAAACCCCACAAAUAUCUGUGAACAGACUCUAAAAGGGCCGCACUGACCGGCUUCUCCUUUAGCUAAUAUUCUUAUGACUGAGACUGUAAGUCAUUUAACCCUGCUUCAAAAAUACCAAACUAUCCCUGUAAGAACAAUCAAGAUGAGCCUUUGGGAAUGAUUUUUGUUUUACCAGCAGAUCAAAGUUUGUAUUUAUUGUUAUUCUAAGGUAAGAACUUUGCAUGCAUUUUUGUUCUCUGUGUGAUACUUAAAAAUCACCCUACAAAACUAACAUAACAGCAAGAAUGUGUUUGUGACCAGGGGAUAUACUACAAGGCAAGAUACAAUGGUGGGCAGGGUUUUUGGAAAAUUGUAUAAAUUUUAGAUACUUUGAUACAUUUUUUUAAUAGUCGGUCUUUUUAAAUGACCAAACCUUUGCUCUUUAAAUGAUCAAUAGUAUUGACAAAUGUAGUAAUGACUGACUCAUUAUUUACGAAGCACAAAUUACUAAAACUUUUGUCAUCAUGAUCAACUAAUUUUUUUUUAUAACUUAUUACUCAUCAGGAUAUAUUUAUUAGGAGGAUAACUGAUUUGAUCACAAGCCUGUCAAAACCAACCUCUUCUCCUCCUCUUUGUCUGUUACUUUCUGACCAAAAGUUACAAUAAGACAGCAUUUUCAUGAUGCUUACCACUAAAGAUUGGCCUCAAAAGACAGUAACCAAUUGGGAAUAUUCAGUUUAUCAUUGGGCAAAGGUAGGCAAUUGCCUGGGACCUUGUGUUCCAAGAAGUCUUAAGACAUACAGAGCAUUCAGAAAAUCUUCAGACCCCCUUCACUUUUUUUCAAUUUUGUUAUGUUGCAACAUGAUUCUAUUGUCGAAUAAAAACCCUUUUAUAUUCUCA